GGAGCGCGUGUGCCAUACAGUCGCUGGUGAAGGUUAGCCCGGAACGCUAGCCCCAUUUUGACGUUUUUAUGGGGACAUUUCCCGUGAAAUUUUCAAAGUCCGGAAACAGCUCCGUGUCAGCAGAGAUAUGAGUUGUCUAGUCACCUACUGAUUCCAGUCCAGCUGCAUCUGCACAAAUACCCCUUCAAUUAUUUGCUUGGUUUCUACAGACAAAACAUCUGAAAAUUAAAAGAUGGCAACAUCUUUACAAGUGUUUUUGUUUUUUUGAAAAAGCCUUUUGGAUCCCUACCACUUUUAGAUCACCAUCAGAACCAUCCUUGCUAACUUAUCCCAUUCUAAUUUUUAUUUUCCACUUAUUUAGCUGAUCUGCCAUUUAAAAAUAAAAUGCAUCUACUCCAAUCAAUGACCCAAGAUGAAUGUUAUGGACCAUUUUUUAAAUUUGAAUUUCUCUUGCUUCAAUAUACAUUAGUGGAGCUUGUUUAGGGGGGAUUUGCUAAAAGUUGUUAAACAAACUCACCAGAAAUAAUUCCAAUAAAGUCCAGCCAGAAAUGGAAGAAGCUGAGGAAAGUAAGGCCCUGGACCUGCCUGACAAAAUAAAUGCCAGCAAUGUCGGGGAAGAUGAAAAUAGUGAGGAUGAAGAGGGCAGAACAGAUCCGAUCCCCUGGUAUCGCUGGGUGAUGCAUGCAGCUGUGAUGUUUGGACGUGAGUUUUGCUAUGCCAUGGAAACUGCUCUAGUGACGCCAGUGCUUCUACAGAUAGGUCUUCCUGAGAAGUAUUAUAGUUUAACCUGGUUUCUCAGUCCCAUCCUGGGUCUCAUCUUCACUCCACUGAUUGGCUCAGCCAGUGACGGCUGCACUUUGCGAUGGGGCCGGAGGAGACCAUUCAUUCUAGCUCUCUGCACAGGAGUGCUCCUCGGUGUGGCACUAUUUCUAAACGGAGCGGUAAUUGGCCUUUCUAUUGGUGACACACCAAACCAGCAGCAUAUUGGUAUCGUCCUCACUGUUCUUGGUGUUGUGGUGCUGGAUUUCUGUGCUGAUGCUGCUGAGGGACCAAUCACAGCUUACCUUCUUGACGUUGCUGAUACUGAUGAGCAAGACAUGGCUUUGAAUAUACAUGGCCUCUGUGCUGGACUUGGUGGGGCUGUUGGCUACAUGUUGGGAGGCCUCGACUGGACGGGCACAGCUCUGGGUAGAGCAUUCAAAUCACAAGAACAAGUCCUCUUCAUGUUUGCAGCGGUUAUCUUCAUUAUUUCUGUCACACUGCAUAUGUUCAGUAUCCCUGAGAGGACCAAUGCUUUAUCCAGGCAUGGGGUAGAAUCCUCCAGUCAGUGGUCUUUAAAACUGCUUGGCCACACACAGACUUCUCUCGCGGCAAUUGAAGAGGAGAACGCUUUUGGACCAGCCUCCUCCAAAGCAGAGAAAGAGUUGCAUCCUGAGGGAGGGGAAAUGGAUUUCCUAGCCGUGGACAGAGUUCGAAGUAAAAGUGAUUCAGUUCUCGCCAUGCCAGAUGCUACAAUCGAGUUGGACUCGGACCUUCACCUAGACAGACAAGUUUUCUUGACUGAGACGAAUUUCUUACCAAAUGAUCUGGACAAUGCCUUCAAGCCGUCAGAAAACAGGGUGGAAGCGUCAUCUCCUCCUGAAGACCCCACAGAUGGGGUGGUUGUCGUAGAGUCUGAGAAUACAGAUGGGCCUCAGAUAAAGGAUCCAGCAAAUGGUCAGCCUUCUAUCCCUCAGAUCAGUUCAGCGUCAGAGAAUACACAUAAUGAUAGCGCUGCUAAUGGCAUUAAUGCUGCAUUCUAUUCCUCUCGUGCCUCAAACGCUGUUAAAGAUCACUCCUCCACCAAACCAGUGAACCGUACUGCCCAUACUGCAGUUCCCUCACGGCCUCUUCGACCAACUUUCUAUAGACAGCCCUCCUUUACCUUUUCAUACUACGGUCGAGUGGGAACACAACGCUGUAAACUGCGACGCACAAGACCUGCAAGCCCUCGGCCAAUCACCACCUCCCGCAGCUUGACAGAUCUACGGAAUAUCCGGCAGCACAUGUUCAAAAAAAAGAGGCUGCCAUCUGUUAGCAGUCUUUCUUCUGAGGGCUCAAGCAGUGACGAGGAAACUGAGAGGGGCACAACUGUACGACUGCUUUGGCUCUCCAUGUUCAAGAUGCCAAAGCAGCUCUGGAGACUAUGUGUAUGCCACCUCUUUACAUGGUUCUCCAUUAUAGCUGAAUCUGUAUUUUACACUGAUUUCAUGGGUCAGGUCAUUUACAGUGGAGACCCUCAGGCACCAGCCAAUUCCACAGAGCUACUAAAUUAUCACAGGGGAGUACAGAUGGGGUGCUGGGGGCUGGUGGUGUAUGCUGCUACUGCUGCUGUCUGCUCUGGAAUUCUUCAAAAGUCUCUGGAUAAUUUUGAUCUGAGUAUUAGGGUCAUCUAUGUUGUGGGCACUCUUGGGUUUUCAAUAGGAACUGCAAUUAUGGCAAUCUUCCCUAAUGUUUAUGUUGCCAUGGUGAUGAUCAGUAGCAUGGGAAUCAUUUCCAUGAGUAUCUCUUACUGUCCCUAUGCUUUACUCGGACAGUACCAUGAAAUCAAAGAGUAUAUCAACCAUAGUCCAGCCAACACUCGAAGAGGCUUUGGUAUAGACUGUGCUAUAUUAACCUGCCAGGUUUAUAUCAGCCAGAUUUUGGUGGCAUCAGCUCUUGGAUCUGUGGUUGAGGCUUUCGACAGUGUUCGUGUCAUUCCAGUUGUGGCCUCUGGGGGCUCCUUCCUUGGCUUCCUCACUGCGUGUUUCCUUGUAAUUUAUCCCGACCCAGAGCCCGGCGGCUCUGAACAGGAUCAAGACUCUGAUGCUUUACCUGUAGAGGAGGAUCAGAACGUUGAAAGGACGAACAACCAGAGACUAGCUCUGCUCAACCUUACAGAUCACACCAGAGAAGCCUCUGCUGUCUAGGGGUAAAAAGAUGCACAAUGAUGGGUUUUACUCUACAACUAAAACACCUGUGUGCAUACAUAAAGCCUUCUGGACCAGCAAAGAAACCAAAAAAGAAAAAAAUUGCAUAGAAAUUACAUUCCAUCUAGUAAAAUGUUGGAGAUUGUAUAAUUAAGGGAAUGUAAACGCAGUGCCAGCUUAUCCUGCUCUGUUUGUGCAAACACUACCUCAACACUAAGAAAAAUCAUGUUAAGCUCAUCAGAUCACAACUAACCCCGUACAAAAAAAAAACAUUGUCAAGCUGUCAAACUAGUGAAACUAAUUUAGUUCAGACUUCUGGAAGCACAAAGCACUUUGUUUUUUUUAACAGUGCUGGCAUGAUAAUGGUGCCAAAUGUCACCAAUGUGUCACAUUUUACUUUUGCUGCUGCUACUGGACUAAGAAAUGGACAAUCAUAAUGUUGCAAAAAGGGUACUUUGUGCAACCCUGCAUAUUUUAAGAAGCAUUACAUAAUGUUAAUAUUUCUUUUCUAGAUCUAAUUAAUUGAAAUUUUAAACGUAUUUUUUCCUUUUUUUUCUUUUUUUUUUUUUUUACAAACACAAAAAUAAUGUUAUAAGGUACCAACCUCCUGAAGUAAACUUAGUUGCAAAAACGUUAUCCAAUUAAACAUAGGAGUUCUCUAUAAUUUUCAGUUGGUGUUCAUAGUGGUACACUGGAGUUUUCAGAAUUAUUAUAAUUUUUUUUUUAAUCAAAUGUUCUAAUUCAAGUUGAUCUCAGGGUGUUUUGUUAAGAAAAAAAAAAGAUGGACAUGCCUGCUUGUUUUUUUCAGAUCUUUUUGAUAGCAUGGCUCCUCUUGAAUGCUGAAAUUUUCAUAUCUGUAAACACUAUUUUUGAAGAUGAGCAAAAAAGGAUGUAUAGUUUUGGAGAUGAAUGUAUUAUAUUUGAGAAUUCCCUUGAACACCAAGUGACCUUUACCCUGCUGUAUAAACAGAUCAGCCGGUAGCUGUAAAUCUGUCCUGUUCAAGAGAAUUCACAAGGGAGUACAAAAAUAUGAGCAUACACAAAUGAGCAUACAAGUCAAGAGAAACAUGUUUUAACAGAAAGCAGCACAUUUAAUUUUUGAAGCAGGCUUUCACUCCCCAAAGUUCAUUUAACAGGUCUGUGAGCUUUAGAAAAAAGUUUUUAUAUGGUGUAAAUCCAGAAACUGUAUUUCUAAACACUAAAAGUUGUUUUACAGAGUUUGUUUAGUUCAGAAAUGUAAACUUCACACUUUGUGUCCUUUCAAAGAAUCUGUAUAUGUGCUAAAUGACAGUAAGGAGCAGUUUGCAUGGCUGAUAAUCUGAUAAUAAUCUGAUAAUCGCUCCAUUCAUGGCAACCCCAGAUCUAAUUCGCUGUUUAAGCAUUCAGUUAUUUUCUUUUGCUCUGAUGGUUUCUAUCAACAGUUCUCAAAGAAUCUUUGUCUACUUUUUAGAUGAGAUCAGGAUUAUGAAAGAAUAUCCAAUCAAAGAAAACAUUUUUUACAAAACCUUAAUUUUAUUUUAUUUUCCCCAAAAGAGGAAAAGAUAAAGGUUUGCUAAAUUGAGAUCUUUGAUUUAUUUUCAAUAAUUUGAGAAAACAGAAGAAUGUCUUAACUGCUGUUACUAAAGCUUUGGUUUAUCUACUAGUUUUGAUAAAGAUUUUUUUUUGUCAAACAUAUUUUUGUGCCAAACUUCUGUACUUGGGCUGUGUAUUGCAAUCUUUCCUUUUUGAGAUAUUUUGUAAUUUUUUUGACAAAUGAGCAUAUUGUGUGUUAAGUAAAACUGGUAAAACUGAUCUUUGCUUUUGAGUGC